AUGUACCUAUACGAUCCACACGCCUGUGGCUACAAUUUGCGUGCUUCGAGAUCAAUAACUAGCUUAAAACUUAGUAACGACACUCAUGGGCUAAAUAUACGACCGAUCAAAUACAUGCCGGCUAUCGUUACAGUGACUACGAUGGUUCCAGAAAAGACGAGGAGAUACAUCAAAUGUAGCAUCGUGAUCCACAGCUUCUGGAUGAUAAUCGCGAUCUGCUUAAGGAUCUUGAGAUUCGCCACGAAAAUCCGGUACCUAAAGUUCAUCCUAUUAGUGACGUUCUACAGUUGUAUCUUUGUGAUUUCAUUCGACAUCUCUAUGGCAAUUGUGUACAUCGCUCAUAUUCAACGAAGCCUGACCUAUGGCAUGAUAUUAAGAUACAGCGGUUGGAGCGUUGAAAUGAAACUCGACAACUACAACACCUUCGGUGGUUGGAUACCGAUGGCCGCGUCAGUUUGCUGGCUGAGAGGUUUCGUAAUGUUUGGACUGAACGUAUACAUUUGUAGAGUCAUCAGAAAUAUAAGGAAAGGGUUAAAUAGGAGAGAGGUGAAAAAGAAAUUUAUGUUAGAGGAGAACGUGCCGAUACCGGAAGCGAGGUUCCAAGAGCAGUUCGACGAUAAGGUGCUGUACUAUAGAACUGGAGACUUUAAACCGGUCGAGAAGAAGAAUCAAUGGUCGUUUUUCUUUUGA